AUUCAACACAAAGAGAAGACACAGAAAAGACGUUCUUUGGACAAUACGAACAUGCUGGAAAUAUACCUCCAUCAGUGGAACAUUUCUAUGACUGUGGAACUUGUCCGCAACAGAAAUUUGAUCCACCGGAAGUUCGUAACCCGAGUUGUCCACAAGGGAGGCGCAACAGUCCACAAAGAGACAUCAUCUGGGUGCAUCUACCAGGGAGCGCUGCGUGAUUUGGUGACGUCACAAGUUGUCAUAACUGGAUGUUUCACUUACAGUGGUUACAUUUUUCACAAGGGGAGGUCAUGGCGGAUUCAACACGCAUCGAAAAAAGGCAAAGAGGUUGAUGAGUAUCUCAUAAGACGCAUGACGUCACAGUACACUACAACGUCACCUUGUACAGUUGAACAAAGAUCACGUGACAAAUGGUUAACUGCAGCAAACUACACAAAGACCAGUCAUCGCUCACGCUUCAGACGUAGCUCAGACGUUAAACUUUUGGAGCUGUUCGUUGUGUUCGGGUUUAAGAUGUACACGAACUACCUGAGCAAGGAUAAGCAGAACGCUGUAAAGUAUGCAGAGGAAAUGGUGGCGCACCUUGACUUGAUGUACAAAGUCGAUUUUGGGGUUCGCAUUGCGUUGGUAGGCCUGGAAGUCUGGGAAACGAAGGAUGAGAUUGUCAUGGAAACGGACGCCAAGGCGCUUCUUGUUAACUUCAUCAACUAUGGAAAGUCUUCCUUGAUGCCUAAAUUUAACUACGACUUGGCGGCGUUCGUGGCAGGCAUUACGUUUGAGCACAACAUUGCCGGUAUGGCUCACGUGGACGUCAUGUGCACGCCGCUGUCUGCCACCGUCAUCCAACACAUCCCCGGCCUUGACCCUCACCUCAAGUCGGCCAUUACUCUCGCUCAUGAGAUCGGUCAUGCACUUGGUCUCGUGCACGAUACUAGCACGUGCACCUGUGGAGACCGGACUGGAAAAUGCAUCAUGUCCGCAGAUACCUCUGUCGACCCCAGGAGCUUCAGCCAGUGCAGCAAGGACGCUGUGGCCAAGAUGUUCCGCGAGGGGGGAGCCAGCUGCUUGUAUGACGCCCCCCUGCACGUGUACGGGGGGCCGGUGUGUGGGAACGGGGUGAAGGAGCAGGGUGAGGUGUGCGACUGCGGGGGGAUACCGGAAUGCCUAAAGGAUCCAUGCUGUAUGUUUGGCUGCAAGCUCCGACCAAGUGCUCAGUGCAACAGUGGGGGCUGCUGCAAGAACUGUCAGAUCGUCUCACCUGGCAUGAUAUGUCGCCCCCAGCAGAACGAGUGUGACCUGGAGGAGUUCUGUGACGGUAAAGUGUCCGAGUGUCCCGCCAACCUCCACCUGAGUGACAUGCAGGAGUGUGGGUCCGGGGUGAGUCGGGGCUUCUGUUACAAGGGGAAGUGUCGGAGUGGACACGCCCAGUGUCAGUACCUGUGGGGGCCAGGUAUGUACCACAGUUAA